CAGAGCAACCAUGGCGGCGAGCCAUACAAAUGAAGAGUUGCGUUCUGCUAAACUUCACAUAGAAGAGAUAAGGACUAAAAAGUUCUCUAUUGGGAAGAAAGAACCAAACCCCUUAACCCUCGAUCUUCACCAUGCGGUCACCAGUUUAUCUGCGGAACUGUACCAGAAAGACAUCCAUUUCCUGAUGGAGCUCAUACAGAACGCAGAAGACAAUGAAUACAAAAAAGGGGUAGAACCAACGCUGGAAUUUGUGCUGACCAAGAAAGACAUAACUGGGACUGGAGCACCAGCUACUCUGCUUGUUUUUAAUAAUGAGCUUGGCUUUUCCAGGAAGAAUAUUGAUUCAAUCUGCUGCAUAGGCCGUUCUACAAAGAAGGGAAAGAGGCAGCAGGGUUUUAUUGGAGAAAAAGGAAUUGGAUUUAAAAGUGUGUUUCUUGUAAGUUCACAGCCUCAUAUAUUUAGCAACGGAUAUCGGGUCAGAUUUAUGGAAGAACCAAACCAAGAUUGUGGUAUUGGCUAUGUAGUUCCUGAAUGGGUUAGUGGAAAACCUUAUUUAUCAAGCAUAUGUGAUGUAUAUGGUGUCAACAAGAUCUUGCCAACAACUACGUUUAUUCUUCCCCUGAAGCCUGACAAGGUGGAGGCUGUUAGAGCACAGCUGUCAGAGCUUCACCCAGAGAUUCUCCUGUUCUUAUCCAAGGUAAAGCGGUUAUAUGUACGUGGGUGUGAUCCUGAAGAAGCUGAUGACAUCUCUACAAUUUCUAUAUUUAGUGAGACUGAACAUAUGGAUUUGAGCGAUGAAAGAGCCAAUUCUCGUGUUGUGCAACUUUCAGUUAAAGAGAAAAAGUGUGAUACUGAGUUGUGCAAGUAUUACUUGUGGAGAGAGGCAUUUCCAGUAAAACCUGGGAAUCAAGUUAGUAUAAGGAUGGAUGUGGAGAAAUGGUUGAUUACUCUUGCUUUCCCGUUUGGAGAAAGACUGAGAAGGGGAACGUCUUCUGUUGGUAUAUUUGCUUUCCUUCCUACAGCAAUGGUCACAAACUUCCCCUUUGUAAUUCAAGCUGAUUUCAUCCUUGCUUCUUCACGAGAAUCUAUACUGUUGGACAAUGUAUGGAAUUUGGGAAUUCUUGAUUGUGUCCCAUCAGCCUUUGUAAAUGCUUUCCAGUCUUGUGUGAGAGAACUUCAACUAUUUCCUUCCGUGGAUCAGACAUUUCAGUUUUUACCUGCUCAAGAUUCAGCAAUUCCUGUGUUCAACAACUUAAGAGAGUCCAUAAAAACUAGUUUGCGAUGUUUACAGAUAGUGCCUUCUGAAAUGUUUUCUGGUAAGAGUUGUUUAUUCCUGACGCCUAAACAAGCAGUUCGGGUCUUGCCAAAAUUCAGGGACCUAGUCCUUCAAAUGGAAAGUGAAGGGGCUAUUUCAAGCAAUUUAUCUUCAUUGAAGAAGGUCUUGCAUUCAUCUCUGGACCUCGAAAAAUACAGUGCAGUUCUGGACUUUCUGGAUGUGGCAGCUGCUAGUGGUCAUUGGUACACAAAAUGCAUCAAAUCCUGCAAUAUUGUGUUGUUAUCUGAUGAGGUAUAUGUUGAACUACUUGGUUUUAUUGUUGAUAAUGAGAAAAGGUUUGCAAAAGGUAUUAAGACCAUACCUCUUAUUAAAUACAUCAAUAGCGAAGGAAACUUGGAAUUAUGUACAAUUGCUGAAACCACAACAGGGAUUCCAGGGACACUGAAGGUUCGAUAUGCUAUGGAGCUGGAGCUUCACACUUGGCUGAGCAAGUGCAAUAUGGAGUUUGGAUGUCCUGGUGUGUAUUUCAUUCCCAAUAGCACACAGAAAGCUCUUUUAAAGAACAAACGAAUUUGCAGAAGGAAUUGGCCUGUCAGGAAUUGGCUUAGCCAAGCAAGAGUGUCUUCUUGUUCAGCACACGAUUACGCUUCAUUGCUUCAGAAUCAUGUAUCAGGUGAGGAACCAAAUCUUGCAGUUACAUUGUCCAAUUUCCUUUAUCACACCCACAGGAAAGGCUUCCUUGAUGAUAAUAGCAUAUCUGAUAUUUGUCAAAGGAUCCCAAUUAUUGAUGGGGCUGACCAUGUUAGAAUGCAAAGAACCGUUACUCUUGUCCCUGCAUUAGAUAGCAAAUGGAUGAAGUUGUUUGGACCUCAAAACCCAUUUGUGGAACAAAAUUACGUUGAUUUAGGGUAUGUUUAUUCUAAAAGUAGUCUGUUUCUGGGAGAAUCUACGCCUGAGAAGGAGCUUCUUCAUUUUAUUAGCAAGCAUAGUAAAGCUGUGGACUUACCGGAGUUGUGUCCUCCAGAUGUGGUACUACAGAUAGCAUCUCAUGAACUGUCAAGUGAGCAGGCCUUUUUGCUACUCGAUUGGAUCAGAUUACUUCAGAAUAAAGGUUCACCUUUACCUUUGAUUUUCAUUGAAAGCAUUCGAGAUGGAAAGUGGAUGAAGACAUAUUCAGGUUAUGUUUCUCCAAGAAAGGCCAUUCUUCCAGAUGAAACAGGGAAAGCUAUUAUUGAUAUGAUGAAGGAUGUUCUGAAGGAUGUCCCCAUUUUAGACCUGGAAUUUUAUAUGAACCGAAUCAAUCUUUAUCAAGAUGAAUUGAAAUUUCUGGGUGUGGGACUUGGAUCAGAUGAUGUGCGGAGGCUGGUUACUAAUUGGUUAAAUUUCCUUGCUUCUCCUGGAAUGAACAAACUGUGCACGUUUGCUUUGCUGACUUUCAUUAAUUUUUGUAGAGGAAGAAAUAUGAUUGAUGAGGACUGGUUGGAUGUUGUGAAGGAUAAGAAGUGGGUGAAGACUCAUCAGGGUUAUAAUGCUCCCAAGGGAUCUAUUCUUUUGCCAUCUGAGAUAGAAGCUGAAACCUGUUUAAAAAUUACAAAUCUUCCUAUUGUUGAUCAAGCAUUCUAUGGAAGCGGAUUAGGUUCUUUCUUAUCAGAAUUAAGGCUACUUGGAGUUGCAUAUGGUCUGGAGGAGGUGCAAAAAUCAAUUGCAGAGAAUAUGACUUUAACUUCAAAUCUGUCUUCCCUGACUGGUAGUUGUGGUUUGUUGAUUCUUAAAUGUAUCAGAUGCUUGGGAUCUGGAGCUGCUGGCUUGAUUAUAAAGAUUAAAUGUAAACCUUGGAUAAAGACAACUUUGGGUUUUAAAACCCCUUCAGAAACUGUUCUUCCUGAUCCAAGAUGGGGUGCUUUGUUCACUGCUCUUCAGGUCCCUGCCAUAGAGGAAUCGUAUUAUGGGAAUGCAAUUAGGCAUUUCACUGAUGAGUUGAAUGCUAUUGGAGUGGUGGUUGAUUCUACCGGAGCAACUAAGAUGAUACGUGCUCGGUUUAAUUCCCUACUGUCUUCUUCUAGCUUAGCUCCUGCCACAACGAUGUUGUUGUUAGGUUGCAUCAGAGAGCUGAGUCAAAAUAUGUCUUUACAGUGCUCUGAACUGAAGUGGUUGUUGUGUGAGAAGUGGUUGAAAACACGUCAUGGUUAUAAGACACCUGGUGAAUCAAUUAUUUCCGGCUCUAAUUGGGGAUCGAUCUCAUUUGUUGUUGAUCUUCCUCUCGUAGAUGACGCACACUAUGGUAUUGGCAUAUAUAAGUUCAAGGAUGAACUCCAGAUGUUGGGUGUCAUCAUGGAUUUUGAACGAGGAGCUCCAUUUGUUGCUAAAGGUCUCCACAACCCAAUUCAACCUGAACUACUUGCUGCAGAUGGUAUGAUAUCAUUGUUGGAGUGCAUCAAGCAUUUAAGGUCCAGGUCUGAUGAUGAGCCUUUACUGGGUGACUUACGCCAGAAUGUUGCAGAAAGCAGGUGUUUGAAGACCAUGAAGGGUUACAAAAUUCCACAAGAAUGUGUGCUCUUUGAUCCAGCAUGGGAAAGUAUUCUUAAGAGGUCAGAUGCUCCAAGCAUUGAUGAAUUUUUUUAUGGAACUAGCAUUUUUUUGUACAAGAAUCAGUUGAGAGAUAUUGGUGUGAAGGUAGACCCAUUGGAUGUUUGUUCUCUUCUUUCUGGGCUUCUUUUGUCACUAUCAGACAGGGGUGUAAUUACAAGGAUUUAUGGCUUCCUGAACAAGUUCCAAUGGAGUCCGAAAGAUCAAGAUAAAUGCAACUUUAAGGUGUGGAUACCUGGCUCAAAGGGUAGUACAGGUGCAUGGGUUAAUUCUCAGGAUUGUGUACUUCAUGAUUGGAAAAAUCUGUUUAGCUCCCGUUUUUUCUGUCUUGAGAAGUUUUACAAGAAAGGGCUCCUUCCCUUUCUUUCUUCAGCCUUUGGAGUUGCAGAAAAUCCUUCCAUCAACGAUUACUUGUGGCUAUGGAACUCAUGGGCUUUGAGGGAAAACGGUCAAGUAACUGUUGCAGAGUGCUGCUCCUUUUGGGAGUUUGUUGUAGACAACUGGAAUCAACAGGUAGAAGAUACUGUGAAGCGGAACUUGACCAAAUUACCUGCCACAAUGGACACGGUUGAUGAAAUAUAUCUGGUGAGCAGAGAGGAAGUAUUUAUUGCUAAUGACUUGCAACUGAAAAAGAUUUUCUCCAGCUCUAAUAAGGUUCCUCUGUUUGUGUGGAUUCCCAAGAGUAUAAGCGAGUGUUCUAUUACUCCAAGAAGACUACAUGCAAUUUAUGAAAUACUCGGAGUUAGAAAGAUGUCUGAGUCAGUUGAGUGCAAUGUGAGUGGCAUGCUAUCAUUAGAGCAUUGUGAAAAGGUUGAUCCAAGAGAGAGAUUAAUUGGGAGGGGUUUAAUAAAAAUUAUUCUGGGUUUUCUAGCUGGUCCUGAGGUAAAUAUGCCAGUGAAAGAGAGACACGAGGUCGCUAGAUUGAUAGUUGUACUGUCUGUGUACAAGAGUGACAAACCAAUUAAAGUCUGCUAUCAACUAAAGCCAUCUGCAAGUACAACAGUUGAAGUGGAAAAAUUAGAGCUGGUUCUUUGGGUGAAGAAUUCUCCGCAUUUGCUCAUUGAUGAAUUAGGCUAUGAGUAUGGGAAAGAUGAUCUGGAAUUUGUUGCUUCUUUUGCUGAUGAGCUCUCACGAGGACUGUUAGCACAGGUGAGGCCUACUGCAGCAGAUGCUCUGAGCAAGAUUAUCCAAAUGGGGUAUAUGUUCAAUUUUAAUGAGAAUGAAGUGGAGUUUUUGCUGAUGAAAGAAAAUUUGGAGUUACUUGUGGAGGAUGUUAAGUUUCUGGAUUCUGCAUUCCUCUCAUCAAGAGAAACUACUGUAACUGCUGUGUAUCGAAAGCGUGCACAUAAAAAGUUAGAGCAAUUAGGCCCUUCCACACCAAUGCCUGCAUGCAAGAAGCAGCGUCGGUGAUAAAGGGGUGUUGAUCCUGUGGCUCUUUUUUCUUUGGUUCAUGGCUUGAAUUAUCAGAACCAUAAAGUUUUAUUUUGAAUGUAUUUUGGUACAAUCCUUGUGUAUAUACGGGGGUCUGAUGUCUGGCAUGUAAAUCUUUAGAAUGUUGAUCCUCUCCUUGGCUAGUUUACUUAUGUUUGGGUUUUAAUCCAAGGAUAUGGUUAUGCUUGUCAGGGCUAAUGGAUGAACUGUGAGACGCCUUUUGUAUUGUUAUUACUUAU